AUGGUUACUGAAUAUGCACAAUUUGGAAGUUUGAAGGAUUUGAUAAAUCACAAAAAUUCAAAAGAAGUUAAUAUGCAAAUUCGUGUUAAAAUGAUGUUGGACGCUGCUAAAGGUAUUUUGUAUUUACACUCAAACGGGAUAUUACACAGAGACAUCAAACCAGACAACAUUCUAGUGUUUUCACUUGAUGUGAAUAACAAAGUCAAUGCAAAAUUAACAGACUUUGGAGCAAGUCGAAAUAUUAAUAUGUUAAUGACGAAUAUGACAUUCACAAAGGGAAUUGGUACACCAAAGUACAUGGCACCUGAAGUCUUAAACAAAGAGAAGUACAAAAAGGCGGCUGAUGUGUAUUCAUUUGCUAUUACAAUGUAUGAGUGUUUUACGUGGAGUGACGCAUUUCCAAAGGAUGUCUACAGAUAUGCGUGGGAUAUUGCAGACUCGGUGUGUUAUGGCAAGCGCCCUGAUUUAAUGAUGCUGACUGAAAAACAAAAAGAAGUUGUUGUUAAGGCGUGGCAACAAACACCAAAAGAAAGACCUGAUAUUGCGAUGGUGAUUAAACAAUUGGAAUUGUUGUGA